AUGCCGGAUGUGGAUGUGGGUGCUAAGGUGGAUGUACCGAAACCACAUAUUUCAAUCAAGACACCGAAAUUCGGGUUCGGUCUGGGCAAGAAGAAGACGAAAGUGAAGACUCCAAAGGCUGAUGUGAAAGUGGAGGGUGGAGCAGGUGAGGAUAUAGAUUUGGAUGCCGGUUUGGACGCUCACUUAGAUGGUAAAGCAAGAAAGGGAGGUAAGAAGUUCCAUUGGUCUCCUAAGUUCGGGUUGCCGAAGGGUGGUCUGAAGAUUGGUGGAGGUGCUGGUGUUGGAGUGCCGGACACCUCGGUGUCUGUCUCAGGUACGACUGGUGGUGUGGAUGUGUCUCUUCCGAAACCCGAACUCGAUGUCUCCAUGGAGGUUCCCGACGUUGGUGUGUCCGCCUCUGUGCCCGAAAUCGAUGUAUCAGGUGGUGAGUUGGGACUGACUGGGAAGGUUUCUGCACCCGGUGUGGAUGUCAGUGUUCCGUCGAAGAAGAAGAAGAAGUUCACCUUCGGUUGGGGCUCGAAAGACAAGAAGGCGAAGAAGGUGAAGUUGCCCACAGUGUCGGGAGACGUGGAUGCUAGUUUGGAUGUGGGUGGAAAGGUUGAUGUUCCCAGUGUGAAGGUUGAUGUGGACUCAGGUGAUCGAGUCAAAGGUAAGAAGUUCCACUGGUCUCCGAAUAUCUCAUUGCCAAAGUUGAAAGUGCAUGGACCAGAUUUGUCUGGAAAACUUCAUGCAGAUGCACCUGAUGUGGAUGUGAAUGUGACUGGUCCAUCUGUGGAGAUGCCAUCUCUGAAAGCCAGUGGUCAUUUGCCUACUGUCGAUGUGUCCGUUCCCGAUGCAUCGUUGGGAGGUGAUCUAUCCGGUAAGCUCGAUUUGGAGGGUGUCGGUGUGGGAGUUGUGGACGCUGAUUUGAAUCUGCCAGACCUACAGAUCUCAGGAAAUGUGAGUGCACCGUCUGUCGAGGGAGACCUAUCCAUGCCAGAUGUUUCCGCCAAUCUGGACACAGAUGUGAAACUGCCCAGUGUGCAACUGACUGGUCCAGAUCUCCGUGUACAUGGUGAGAUGCCGGAUGUGGAUGUGGGUGCUAAGGUGGAUGUACCGAAACCACAUAUUUCAAUCAAGACACCGAAAUUCGGGUUCGGUCUGGGCAAGAAGAAGACGAAAGUGAAGACUCCAAAGGCUGAUGUGAAAGUGGAGGGUGGAGCAGGUGAGGAUAUAGAUUUGGAUGCCGGUUUGGACGCUCACUUAGAUGGUAAAGCAAGAAAGGGAGGUAAGAAGUUCCAUUGGUCUCCUAAGUUCGGGUUGCCGAAGGGUGGUCUGAAGAUUGGUGGAGGUGCUGGUGUUGGAGUGCCGGACACCUCGGUGUCUGUCUCAGGUACGACUGGUGGUGUGGAUGUGUCUCUUCCGAAACCCGAACUCGAUGUCUCCAUGGAGGUUCCCGACGUUGGUGUGUCCGCCUCUGUGCCCGAAAUCGAUGUAUCAGGUGGUGAGUUGGGACUGACUGGGAAGGUUUCUGCACCCGGUGUGGAUGUCAGUGUUCCGUCGAAGAAGAAGAAGAAGUUCACCUUCGGUUGGGGCUCGAAAGACAAGAAGGCGAAGAAGGUGAAGUUGCCCACAGUGUCGGGAGACGUGGAUGCUAGUUUGGAUGUGGGUGGAAAGGUUGAUGUUCCCAGUGUGAAGGUUGAUGUGGACUCAGGUGAUCGAGUCAAAGGUAAGAAGUUCCACUGGUCUCCGAAUAUCUCAUUGCCAAAGUUGAAAGUGCAUGGACCAGAUUUGUCUGGAAAACUUCAUGCAGAUGCACCUGAUGUGGAUGUGAAUGUGACUGGUCCAUCUGUGGAGAUGCCAUCUCUGAAAGCCAGUGGUCAUUUGCCUACUGUCGAUGUGUCCGUUCCCGAUGCAUCGUUGGGAGGUGAUCUAUCCGGUAAGCUCGAUUUGGAGGGUGUCGGUGUGGGAGUUGUGGACGCUGAUUUGAAUCUGCCAGACCUACAGAUCUCAGGAAAUGUGAGUGCACCGUCUGUCGAGGGAGACCUAUCCAUGCCAGAUGUUUCCGCCAAUCUGGACACAGAUGUGAAACUGCCCAGUGUGCAACUGACUGGUCCAGAUCUCCGUGUACAUGGUGAGAUGCCGGAUGUGGAUGUGGGUGCUAAGGUGGAUGUACCGAAACCACAUAUUUCAAUCAAGACACCGAAAUUCGGGUUCGGUCUGGGCAAGAAGAAGACGAAAGUGAAGACUCCAAAGGCUGAUGUGAAAGUGGAGGGUGGAGCAGGUGAGGAUAUAGAUUUGGAUGCCGGUUUGGACGCUCACUUAGAUGGUAAAGCAAGAAAGGGAGGUAAGAAGUUCCAUUGGUCUCCUAAGUUCGGGUUGCCGAAGGGUGGUCUGAAGAUUGGUGGAGGUGCUGGUGUUGGAGUGCCGGACACCUCGGUGUCUGUCUCAGGUACGACUGGUGGUGUGGAUGUGUCUCUUCCGAAACCCGAACUCGAUGUCUCCAUGGAGGUUCCCGACGUUGGUGUGUCCGCCUCUGUGCCCGAAAUCGAUGUAUCAGGUGGUGAGUUGGGACUGACUGGGAAGGUUUCUGCACCCGGUGUGGAUGUCAGUGUUCCGUCGAAGAAGAAGAAGAAGUUCACCUUCGGUUGGGGCUCGAAAGACAAGAAGGCGAAGAAGGUGAAGUUGCCCACAGUGUCGGGAGACGUGGAUGCUAGUUUGGAUGUGGGUGGAAAGGUUGAUGUUCCCAGUGUGAAGGUUGAUGUGGACUCAGGUGAUCGAGUCAAAGGUAAGAAGUUCCACUGGUCUCCGAAUAUCUCAUUGCCAAAGUUGAAAGUGCAUGGACCAGAUUUGUCUGGAAAACUUCAUGCAGAUGCACCUGAUGUGGAUGUGAAUGUGACUGGUCCAUCUGUGGAGAUGCCAUCUCUGAAAGCCAGUGGUCAUUUGCCUACUGUCGAUGUGUCCGUUCCCGAUGCAUCGUUGGGAGGUGAUCUAUCCGGUAAGCUCGAUUUGGAGGGUGUCGGUGUGGGAGUUGUGGACGCUGAUUUGAAUCUGCCAGACCUACAGAUCUCAGGAAAUGUGAGUGCACCGUCUGUCGAGGAGACCUAUCCAUGCCAGAUGUUUCCGCCAAUCUGGACACAGAUGUGA